AUGGCAACGGGCUUAUUUGAAAAUGCAAUGCAACAGUGUGACAAGUACUGGGUCGAAAGCACACAGCAACAUGUACAGCAUGGGCAAAUUCAUAUCUGGCAUCAAUGGUCUACCACUUUGGCACAACUAAAAAUACGCACUUUUCGAAUACAGAAGGAAGGAUUUACUGAAUCACGUCUUGUGACCCAGUAUGAGAUGAUAGGAUUUCAUGAUGAGAGUCCAGAUCCAGGUCUUUUACUGGAUGUUAGACGGAGAGUUAUUGCCACAUCAGCCACGCAACCAGGACCAAUACUAGUACAUUGUCGAUGUGGAGGUGGUCGAACAGCAGUAUUUAUUGCUGUAGACUUCUGCUUACAUCAGCUUCAGUCAGAGGACAAGGUGGAUGUCUACAGUAUUGUUCUGCACUUGCGCAGAUUCCGUAAAAACAUGGUGCGCACACUGAGCCAGUACAAGCAAAUCUAUAAAACAGUGGCCAUGUUUCUUCAGUGUGGUCUGACAGUCUAUCCAGCAGACACACUCCCUGCAGCCUUCCAAGUCCAUUAUGCUCAAGGAAGUGAUUCAAAGCACCAGAAGUUAGAGAAAGAGUUUCAAACAUUGCAGUCCAUUGUGCCAAGAUUGAGUAUUGGGGAUUGUGCAAGUGGUCACAGAGUUGAGAAUCGUAGCAAAAGUAGGGACAUAAUGAUGCUUCCACCGGAAUGUGCUAGGCCAUAUCUAGCAACAGCUGAUUGCGGGGACAGUGGAACAGACUUCAUCAAUGCAGUCUAUGUGGAUGGUUACCAUGCAGAAAAUACAUACCUGGUGACACAGUGGCCUAUGAGGAAGACAAUUGUUGACCUGUGGCGAUUGAUGUAUGACUUCAAAAUUACCUCACUUGCCUUCUUAAAUGAUCCCCAGAAGUCUUCACGGACUUAUCCUCGCUUUUGGCCAAAAGAAGUGGAGCAAGAGCCUGUCAGUUAUGGACCAAUCAGUGUGAGGUAUCUGAAGUGUGAGAAACAUGCCAACAUAAUGACCAGAACCUUCGCCAUUAGAAAGGUUAUGAACGGACUGAUUGGGUGUGACCUUAGCAAGGAUGAAUUAAUUGUGAAAAUGUUCCAGAUAAUGAAUUCAGGACAACGCAAUGCUGACAACAACCAUUCUGACCACAGUUCAAACCAUGGUGCACAUCAUGGUCAUAACUACAGUACAAACAGUGCAAAAUGUGGAAAAAUUGGAUAUUAUAGAGCGGUAGGGAUACAGCCCCGGUCAUUGCUAGCUUUGAUGGAUCAGGUCACACACUGGCAGGAGUGUAGUAAGAGUCGGCAUCCAAUUUGUGUCAUGUCAAAGGAUGGAUGCAACAGAGUGGGCUUGUACUGUGCCAUUGGCAUCUGCUGUGAUCAGGUGAAAGAGGAGAGAGAAGUGGAUGUCUUCAAUGCAGUUCGCCUUGUCCGCAAAAACCGGCCACAGCUAGUGCCUAAUAUAGAGGAAUAUCGUUACAUCUACUAUUUCAUGACGGAGUUCAUUCCCUUAUGUGCAUCAAAGCCUGAUGUCAUUAUAUCAGAGCCUUCACAUGAUGUCAGUCACCACUGCAGUAAUCCCCACAAUGCAACAGCAUCAACAGUGCUGCCUGCAACAGUUCACGGUGGUGUCUAUGUGGCUGCCAAGGAUACAAACAGAAACUCACAAACUCUUUACAAUAAAAGUCGCAACUCCUUUUACACUGGCCAUGAACAGGCAACCUCUUUCAAAAUGUCUUCACCAUGUAACAGUAGAUUUGUAUGUUCUGACCAAGUCAGAAUGGAAGAUAAUUCAGUGAAACCAAGUUGCAGGCCGUGUUCAUCAAGGACCUCUGUGCCUUGUAGUUUGAGUUAUGAGAGUGGCCUGUAUGAAACAUAUACUAACUCCAGGGACCAAAAAGUAUGCUCACAACAAACUGUCUGUAGUUGCUGUAGCAACAUUUCACAAAUUAGUCAUAAUCCCAAUCCUGGAUCUUGCCAUUUGUACAUAAAUUGUGAGAAUAAACAACCUUUAAACAGUAUGAUAACAUCUGCAACCAAUGGACUUACAUAUAGCCAGGUUUUGUCACACUCAAAAUUAAAACCAUCAAAUGAAAUUCGGCUAACCCUGAAUAAUUCCAGUAUUAUCAGAUAUUUACCUCAAGUCCAGAGUGAUCAACUGUCCUACCUGAGCUUAUCUCCUUCUUCAGCCAUCAACAUUAAGUCUUCAUUGUCAGAGCCAGCUUCUACAGCCUUAUCAACCACUCCCUUUCAUACUCCGGAGAAAUAUUCCAAUGGGAGGAUUAACAAUGGCCUCUGUACCUCAGUGACUAGUGCCAGCCUCAGCCCAGGUAGUAUAUGCAAAAGUUCUUCAUUCCACUCCUGCAGUUCCCAGCUGAGCCUCAGUAAUAACUACUUAGCAAAUGGCUCAGUUUCAAAACAUGCUGACAAGGGGGAUAUGCUGCCAUUAGAUGUCAUUAACAGAGUUGUUCUCUAUCCGGGACUUGUGAGUGGAAACACGAGCAAAAUCACCUCACUACCCCAACAGGUGGAUCAUACCAAGAAACGUGCAAGUUCCACAGGUUUGUACCCUUCCUCUUCUCUACCACCAGACUUGAGAAAACUAAAGACAAAAAAGACAAACAAGGAUUCUAACCAUGUGACACUAAUUCAUGCUUCAUAUGCAUCUCUAGAGGAUUCUUUAGCAGGCAGCACUGAUGCCAGAGAUCACCCUAGCAUGGACAGGCUAGAAUAUGAUGAAGAUACAGUUCAAAGAUAUUCCCAUGCUAAAAGUGCAGUUCCCCAGACAUCAAAUCAUGCAGCAGUCAGUUCAAAUUGGCAGCCACUCCAAAAUAACAGAGUAAUCAGAGAUAAAACAAGUGAAACAUCAAUCUGUGUGAAUAAGUUUCCAGCUUCUACACUCAGCUUUAGACAGAAAAUAAAAGGAUACAUGAACAGGAAACAAAUGAAGAUAACAGAACCCAAACCUUCAUCAGCAGCUAGAUGCAGUGACCAUUUUGAGUCACGCUUGUAG